AUGGUGGGCUCCAAUCCACGAUCUACCAACGCAUGCGAAACAUGUCGAAGACGCAAAGUAAAAUGCUCCGGUGAUAAGCCUUGUCGCGCUUGUAUCAAACACAAUUGGGAAUGCAUCUUUGGUCACUCCGGUCGCAGGCGGUUUUCUGAAGCCCACGUGAAACAUCUAUUGGAAAAGAUUCGAGUCUACGAGGGAAAACUCAGCUCUCAGUCUGUAGGGGAUUCGACCUCGUCAUUGCCUUCUCCAGUAGCACCAAAUGUGACCUCAAGCUGUCAACCUGCGCAACAAAGUUCUUCAACCCAGGGGAACAAAGAGCGCCCUAGUCAGAGGCAAGAUGAGCUACUAUAUCUAGAUAAUGAUCCUGCUAUAAGUCGGGGUAACUUGGCAUCGCUUCUUAUUCCUGCAACGGACCUGACCUCGGGGCCCGCAUUCGAGUCUCAAGCCAGGUCGUUUCUCGACAGGUCGCAUUCCAGUGACUACAACUUCCAUGGAUCUACUUCAAAUUUUCAAUAUCAAACUGAUCGAUUACCUCAGUGGACGUCGGUCAAAGAGCUCGUUGACAAUGUUGCUGGGGUUUCUUUCCCAUCUUUGGAGGAGUCACAGCACUUGCUUGAUCAGUUCCUUUUUUAUCUCGGCGUGAGCCAGCACUUUUUUGAUCCACGAUCAUUCUCCGAUGACCUUAUGUUGCUAUUUCAGAGCCCAGAGACAAGGCAACAGCAGAUAAACUCUCCUUGGUUUACAGAAUAUCUCUUGGUCAUGGCCAUGGCAAAGCUCAUGGAUGUAAAAUAUCCGACAUCACAGACACCUGGAACGGACUUGUUUGCUGAAGCUUUGAAGCGUCUUCCUCCGUUGCAUGAUAUGGGUGGUGAAGGUGUUGUCGCUGUUGAGAUAUUAACACUGAUUACUACGUAUCUGCAAUGGUGUGACCGUAAACAUGAUGCAUAUCUCUAUAGUGCCCACAGAUUAAGACUAUGGUGGACUGUAUACAUGCUGGACAGGCGCCUGUCUUCGGGUCUUGGACUGGCUGCAGGGGCGGAUGAACGACAGCUACGCACUGAACUCCCGCGGAACGCCAUGGGGUUCCAGUCACCAAUUGCUCUUGCCAUCAAUGUUCGUAUCGCACGUGUCACCGAUGAUAUAAUGUCAACUUUAUACGGAAAUAAGUCAAUCACCCAACUGGAAUUGGUCCAAAAGAUACAGCAAACUCUCCAAGAACUGCAUGAUACAGGCCGAUCAUUCCCUAAAUCCUUGAUGUUGGACUUCAAUCGACCUUUGCAAAUGGUUACUCGCACAGGUGCAUCGUUAUACCUAAUGCUUUUUCAGGCUAUCAUCCUUUGUACACGGCCAAUACUACUCCAAAGAGCCCGAUUUGAAGCUCAGAGCCAACAACAGCCGCAGUCACCCAAUCCUGCCCCGAGUAUGUUGCUACGUCUCUGUGAUACAUGUGAUGAGGCAGCCACCAGAAGUCUCGCAAUACUUGAAUCACUUCGUCGCCAGCAAACUAUCCCCCGGUAUGGCUUUUUUGAUCUCGACGCAACAUUCUCCGCUGCAUUUGUUUUGGUGAUGGUAGGCUUCCUGGACAAAUCACAAAGCCAACCACCCCCAGCGCUUGAUCAAGCAUCCAGAGUACUCCAGUUUCUAUCCCAGUCUGGAAAUUUGGCCGCAGAGCGACGCCUACAAGAUAUUGCACAAUCUUAUUCCCACGUUUGGCCAAAUCAUGUUUUCAAUGCAAUUGCCCCACACGACGAUGCAGUCUCCCGGGACCAGACUCAGACACUUGCACCAGGUCCAGGCUUGAGAGAAGAUGCGCUGUUGGCUUCCUCGGAUGCACCACCAUAUAUGGCUGCAGCCUCAAGUAGUCGGGGUGAUCAUCAAGAUGAGAUCAGAUUACUUGAGCCAUGGUCUAAUAUGGAUGUCCCGGACGUAAUGUUUGAUAUGCAGGGAGACUGGAAUAUGGAUCUCUCCGGGGAAGCAGAAGGAAUUUAUUCAAGUUUCCACAAUCCGACAUUGCCACUGACUGGGGUUGACUACAUCGACUGGUUGGAGAUCGAGAAAGUAUUUAACGGUCCAUAG